AUGCUAGGCAGAAAAGGAAUUUUUGUACUAUAUGGAUCGAAUUGGCUCCAUUAAUGUCGAGGCAGCUAGAUAUCUGUUGGACAUUCCCCUUCAUCUAUGGUCUCUACAUCAUGAUGGUGGGUGUAGAUAUGGUGUGCAAACCACCAACAUGUCUGAAGUGUUUAAUGGUGUCCUAAAAGGAGCAAGAUGUCUACCGAUCACUGCUUUGGUAAGAAUGACAUUUUAUCGUGUCAAUUCUUAUUUUGCUACAAGGAGAGAAUUAGGUAGAAAAAGACUUGAGGAAGGCCAUGAUUAUAGCCCGAAGGCGACUAACAUCAUUGAAAAGAACAUGGAGAAGGCAGGUGCUCAUGAGGUGAUUGUGUUUGAUUAUGAGCGAGGGCUAUUUGAGGUCACUACUGGUCGUGGAGACCGUAUUGCGGGGAAAGGUGGAAAGAAACACACGGUUAACUUAAUGCAGAAGACAUGUACAUGUGAGAAAGUCAAAAUAUAUAAGUUGCCGUGUUCUCAUGUCCUUGCUGUAUGUCGUCCGGAGCUUGUCAUAUAG